AUGGUUAAGAAAGUUGCAGUCAUUGGAGCUGGUUCGAGCGGUUUGCCUGCCAUAAAAUGUUGCCUGGAUGAAGGCUUGGAGCCCACAUGUUUUGAAAGAACCGACGAUCUUGGAGGGCUCUGGAGGUUUAAGGAUGUUUCAGAGGAUGGCCGAGCCAGCAUUUAUAAUUCCGUCAUCAUCAACACAUCCAAAGAGAUGAUGUGUUACAGUGAUUAUCUAAUACCCGAUGAUUACCCAAACUAUAUGCACAAUUCCAAGGUGCUUCAGUACUUUCGUCUAUAUGCCGAACACUUUCAGCUCAUUAAAUAUAUCCAGUUCAAGACCACUGUUGUCAGUAUAAAGAAAAGCCCAGACUUUGCCACCACUGGCCAGUGGGAGGUUAUCACAGAGUGUAAUGGACAAAAGAAAAAAGAUAUUUUUGAUGCUAUCCUCGUCUGCACAGGUCACCACUCGGUUCCAAACUUGCCUCUGAAUUCUUUCCCAGGCUUAGAGAUCUUUAAAGGUCAGUAUUUCCACAGUCGCGAUUAUAAAACCCCUGAGGCAUUUAAGGGUAAAAAGGUUAUGGUUAUUGGUAUUGGAAAUACAGGAGUUGACCUGGUUGUAGAACUCAGUGCUGUCGCCAAACAGGUCUUUUUGAGCACCAGGAGAGGAGCAUGGUUACUGAAUCGUGUCAGUGAUGACGGUUACCCUUUGGAUGUAGUCCAUUUCACUCGUUUUAAAAGCAUCAUUCUGACUGCUCUGCCAACUUUGAGCUGCAAAUUCAUAGAAAAUAAAAUCAACUCAAGGGUCAACCAUGAUAACUAUGGUCUAAGGCCACAGCACAGAUUUAUUAGCCAGCAUCCAACUAUCAGUGAUGAUCUUCCCAACCGCAUUAUUGCUGGCAAAGUAUUGAUGAAGACAGAUGUGGAAAGGUUUACAGAGACGGAUGUCAUCUUUAAGGAUGGGAGUGUGGAAAAGGAUAUUGACGUGGUCAUUUUUGCCACAGGAUACCGAUUUUCCUUUCCCUUUUUUGACGAUUCUGUGUUGAAGGUUGAAAACAACAAUAUACCUUUAUACAAAAUGGUGUUCCCCCCUCAUUUGGAAAAUCCUACGCUGGCAUGCAUUGGCUACGUACAGCCUAUCGGGGCUAUAAUGCCUGUAUCGGAAAUUCAGGCUCGUUGGGCAGCUAGAGUCUUUAAGGGCCUGAAUACGUUGCCAUCAAAAGAAGAAAUGAUGGAUGAAAUUACCAUAAGGAAAGAAAAUAUGCAAAAAAGGUAUGUGAAAAGUGAGCGCCACACCAUCCAAGUGGAUUAUGUUCCAUACAUGGAUGAAAUUGCCGCAGAGAUAGGCUGCAAACCAAAUCUGAUGAAACUAUUUGUCACUGAUCCCAAGCUAGCUCGGGAAGUUUUCUUUGGACCAUGCUCUCCUUAUCAAUAUCGCCUGUUUGGCCCAGGAAAAUGGAAGGAAGCCAGGAGAGCCAUUCUAACCCAGAUGGAUCGUGUUAUCAAGCCAACUAAGACUCGAGUCUUGAAGGAUCAGUCUGUUCAAAGUUCUUUUUCUUUCAUGUUUAAGAUUCUUGGCAUCCUGAUUGUAUUUGCUGCCAUAUAUGCCUCAUUCUAAGGUGAUCAAAUAUUAUACAUUAUGACCUAUCAUUAAGCUUAGCUAGAUUCCAUUUUGACUGAAGCUCAGUCACUUUUCAUAAAUAAAAAUACAUGCAGUCACAUCAGGCUGAUAUUCA